GCCCGACCCAGCCUGCUUUCCUCCCAUCAUCUCAAGCAUCCGCUCUCGUGAAUCUUGUUCCCCGCCUUACUCCUGCCCCCCACCAUCACCAUGGCUCCCAAGAUUGCUAUCGUCUUCUACUCCAUGUACGGCCACAUCCUGAAGCUGGCCGAGGCGGAGAAGAAGGGUAUUGAGGCUGCUGGCGGUACCGCCGACAUCUACCAGGUUGCCGAGACCCUUCCCGAGGAGGUCCUGACCAAGAUGCACGCCCCGCCCAAGUCCAGCUACCCCGUCGUCACUCCCGACACCCUCCUCGAGUACGACGCCGUCCUCUUCGGUAUCCCGACUCGCUACGGUAACUUCCCCGCCCAGUGGAAGGCUUUCUGGGACAGCACCGGCAAGAUCUGGGCCAGCGGUGGCUACUGGGGCAAGUACGCCGGUCUCUUCGUCUCCACCGGUACCCAGGGUGGUGGUCAGGAGUCCACCUGCUUGGCUGCCAUGAGCACCCUUGCUCACCACGGUCUCAUCUACGUCCCUCUCGGCUACAAGACCGUCUUCGGACAGCUGGCCAACCUCGACGAGGUUCACGGCGGUAGCGCCUGGGGUGCUGGUACCUUCGCUGGUGCCGACGGCUCCCGCCAGCCCACUGCUCUUGAGAUCUCCGUCGCUGAGGCUCAGGGUAAGGCUUUCUACGAGCACCUUGCCAAGGUCAACUUCGCUUGACUGCAUGGCAGCGAGCAGGCCAAGUCGGAGUCGCAGCCAGCCGUGGCUGCUGCGUCGCAGCAACAGACAACCGAAACUCCGAAGCCCCAGCCUGCGCCGGCUCAGAACGGACAGGGCACCCAGGGAACGAAGAGUGCAGAGAAGAGCAACGAGGGACCGUGUGGCCUGCCUAAGAAGUGUGUCAUUAUGUAAUCGGAUUGCUCCCAAUAAUACCCUGCAGUUAUUCGUACCCUGCUUGCUUUGACCGGUUGGUUUGCGAUUGGCGUUUGUUUCGGAGGCCUGGGUUUCAUGUUUGCGAUGCAAAGACUUGGUUUAAAUAGAACACGAGAAUAAUAUCUUUUAUGGUUCAUGACAU